UUAUCAGUGUCGGACUUAAAGGACUAUUUCCUGGUGUCAGUACGUACAAGUGUAAACUCGAUUCGUAUAGAACCUGCUAUAUACAGAUUCGCUCCGUUUGGAACAGCACUAGCUAUAGUGCACAGUCGCGAUCCUUGUACCCAGAAGAUAAAAUGGGCUUUUUUACGGACUUUUCUAUCGCGACCUGGACUUUAGUAGCAAUCGUCAUUACUGCCAUUGCAAUAUAUGGGUAUGCUCCAUAUGGCUUUUUCAAGAAAAUAGGCAUCCCUGGACCCAGACCUUUGCCCUUCAUUGGAACGUUUUUGGAGUACAGACAGGGCAUCAACAAUUUUGAUACAAAAUGCUAUCAGAAAUAUGGGAAGGUGUGGGGGUUGUACGAUGGCAGGAUGCCAUUAUUGGCUGUAAUGGACACAGCAAUGAUCAGAGCGAUCUUGGUUAAGGAGUGUUAUUCUGUCUUCACCAACAGACGAGAUACAGGCCUAAAUGGACCUUUAUAUGAUGCCAUAUCAGUAGUAAAAGAUGAGGAGUGGAAGAGGAUUCGCAGCAUACUCUCUCCAUCAUUCACCAGCGGACGACUGAAAGAGAUGUACAUGAUAAUGUUGCAGCACUCAAGUAAUCUAAUCAAGAAUCUUUACAAGAAAGUAGAGGCAGAUGAAGUCAUUGAGGUUAAAGAAGUAUUCGGACCUUACAGUAUGGAUGUUGUGACCAGCACUGCCUUCAGUGUGGACAUUGAUUCCAUCAAUAAACCCUCUGAUCCUUUUGUAACAAACAUUAAAAAGUUGGUCAAGUUCAGCUUCUUUAAUCCCUUACUUGUGCUCAUUGUUCUGUUUCCAUUCCUCAAGCCAGUUCUUAAGAAGAUGGAAGUGUCAUUCUUCCCCGCUGAUGUGUUGAAUUUCUUUUACAAUUUUCUAGAGAAGAUCAAAUCCAACCGGAAUAAGAAUGAACACAAAAACCGAGUAGACUUCAUGCAGCUAAUGGUGGACUGUCAGAUUUCGGAAAAAAACAAAAAUGAUCCGAGCUCCCAAAAAGGGCUGACUGAUCAUGAGAUCCUUUCUCAGGCACUGAUAUUCAUAUUUGCUGGCUAUGAAACCAGUAGCAGCUCACUCGGUUUUUUGGCUUACAACCUGGCAACCCACCCCGACAUCCAAAAGACCUUGCAAGAGGAGAUUGAUGAAGCCUUCCCUGAAAAGAGCCAACCAACCUAUGAAGCCCUGAUGCAGAUGGAAUACCUGGACAUGGUAGUGAACGAGUCAGCGAGGCUGUACCCAAUCGGUAGUCGAUUAGAGAGAGUGGCAAAGUCUUCUGUUGAAGUGAAUGGUGUCACCAUCCCUAAGGGAACUACUGUCAUCAUACCAGUUUACACUCUCCACCAUGACCCUGCUUUGUGGUCUGAGCCUGAGGCCUUCAAACCUGAAAGGUUCAGUAAAGAGAAUAAAGACAACAUAGAUCCUUAUUCAUUCCUACCCUUUGGAGCAGGGCCAAGGAACUGUAUUGGCAUGCGAUUUGCACUUUUGAUGAUAAAGUUGGCCAUAGUGGAGGUCCUUCAGAACUUCAGCUUUGUCACAUGCAAGGAGACAGAUAUUCCAAUGGUGCUGGGAAAUGAGGGAUUUACUGCACCCAAGAAACCCAUCAAGCUGAAGCUAGAGCUCAGAGCAACUGCAACCAGUUCUCCCCCCAGCUAGUGAUUUUCUGUAACCUGCCGGUUCUCACUUUAUCCUGCAUCAAUAUCAGAUCAGCUUAGAAUUUUAUGCUUCUCAGAAUCAGAAUCAGCUUUAUUGGGCAGGUGUGAUGGACACACGAGGAAUUUGACCCUGGUACAUCGGCUUUCAAUGUGCAAAUAGUAAACCAGCAUAAGGCUGUGUAAUAUAACAAAAUAGCAGCAUUAACAUCAACAAACAGUGCAAACAAU